CGAGGCCGGCGGGGCGGGGUUCCAGGGCCGACCGGGACCCGCCGGGCCAUCCGCGCGGAAACUGGAAGCUGGCGGGGAUGGUCGGCGGGCUCCAGGACAGGUAGAGGUGCUCUGAUUUGGGGGAACACAAGCCAACUUAGGGCCUUCAUACCAGUCUCAUCUACCAGUUGUAUCCUUUAAAAGGUCAGCUGCAUCAGAAAACGAGGACGCAGCGCCGUCCCUGGGGUUGGCUUAAGUGCAAGUUGGCUUGAACCCAAGGGGGAGGUCACUUUAUACCCAUCUGGAAGCAGCCAUAAGGUACAUGGCUAAGCCCUGGACACCUGCCGCACCUUAUGCAGGAUUCCACAGUCCCCCCUGGUGAAUUCUUGAUGGAUUUCACUCCUGAUUGCUGGCAAUUCCUGGGCAGGAGAGAUGGCCCUGAUCAGGCUGGGGUUUGGAAGGCAGCAUCUUUAUCUGUUAAGGAGGAGGAGUUUCUUGCUGUCGAAACUCAUAGCCGUUGUCUUUGCUGUGCUUCUAUUCUGCGAAUUUUUAAUCUAUUACUUAGUGAUCUUUCGAUGCGAUUGGCCUGAGGUGAAAACUCCAGCCCACAACAGUGGACAAGAAACUCUGAAAGCCAUGUUUUUGGCUGAUACUCACUUGCUUGGGGAAAUACGAGGCCAUUGGCUAGACAAAUUACGAAGGGAGUGGCAAAUGGAGAGAGCCUUCCAGACAGCUCUGUGGUUGUUGCAGCCAGAAGUCGUCUUCAUCCUAGGGGACAUCUUUGAUGAAGGGAAGUGGAGCUCCCCCCAGGCCUGGGCAGAUGAUGUGGAGCGGUUUCAGAAAAUAUUCAGACACCCACGUCAUGUGCUGCUGAAGGUGGUUGCUGGCAACCAUGACAUUGGCUUCCACUAUCAGAUGAGCACAUACAAAAUAAAACGAUUUGAGAAAGUUUUCAACCCUGAAAGGCUGUUUUCUUGGAAAGGAAUUAAUUUUGUGAUGGUCAACAGUGUUGCCCUGGAAGGGGACGGCUGCAACCUUUGCUCCGAAGCAGAAGCUGAAAUUAUCGAAAUUUCUCACAAACUGAAUUGCUCCCGAGAGCAGGAACAUCACUCCAGCAGGUGCACAGAUGAGCAGCCGCUGCCGGCGUCAGCCCCGGUCCUUCUGCAGCAUUUCCCCCUUUACCGGAGAAGCGAUGCUAAUUGUUCCGGGGACGACGCCGCACCUCUGGAAGAGCGGGACAUCCCCUUUAAGGAGAGAUACGAUGCACUUUCCCGGGAGGCCUCACAAAAGCUGCUCUGGUGGCUCCGGCCGCGGCUGGUCCUGAGCGGCCACACGCACAGUGCCUGCGAGGUGCUCCACGGGGCGGGGACCAUGGAGAUCAGCGUGCCGUCUUUCAGUUGGAGGAACAGAAACAACCCCAGUUUCAUCAUGGGCAUGUUGACCCCCACAGAGUACGCCCUUGCCAAGUGCUACCUCCCCUAUGAGAACACCGUUCUGGCCACAUACUGUGUAGCAGUUGGGUUCCUUGCGGUCCUCACGUUAGCUCACUUUAAGCUCCUAGCCUCGCCUCUUCUCUUUGGUUGGAACUUGCUCAGAAAACUUAAGACAACGUAAAGCGCAGGAGACGCUUUUGCAUUUCGUCACAAAUAACAAAGGCAGGAAAACUGAACUCUGGGUAGUGCUCAUGUGAGAAGGGGACAAAGGGGGUGGCGGUCUUUACACCCAUCACAGGAACUGUAAAUCACGGAUGCGAACUCCUGCAAGGAUAAAUAGUUGACUGUACUAUUCUCAUGCUAUAACAAUGGAACGUGUACUCUACAACAAGUCUGUUUUCUCAUUUUAUCAAAUAUAUGUAUAACCAAAGAUCGUGUCUGUACAAUAUGUAAAAGCUAUUAAAGUCUCACUUGCAUGCACUAUGCUGUCUGUCCUUCCCCAAGAUGGAGCCGGCACCUGGGAUUAUGUGUGCACAAACACUGGGCUUGCUUCUGUCCCCCUACGAAGUGGGCCUCAGACUCCUAUAUACUAUAAAGCUAUGCACUUAAAAUAAAAGUACAGACGCCACAAGCAGGAAUAUAUUGUUUUCACAGACUUUUGUGCUUCUGUGCUCAUUAUGGAAUCAGAUUUUUAGCUAAGUGUAAUUUUCUCUCCAGCAGGCCAAGCUGUUAAAUCUGAAUUUAAUGUCUGUCUGUGAUCAAAAGAAACCUGACAAAGAGCUGGGAAGGGGCUUUUGGUACUUAAAAAUAAAUAUGUCUUGAUAAUUUGAAA